CUUCUUCCCUCCAAGCUUUUUUCACUCCUCUCUCCCUUCCCUUCCCAUUCCAAAUUCUCAUUUUUUUUCAUUUUAAUUUUCAAUGGAUUCUUCAAAAUCAUCAAUGGUGAUUCCCUUCAAAUCGAAGACAUCCCUCACCACCACCCCAAUCAAGAUGGAAAACAACCCAGUUUUCUUGGGUCCUGCCGUUUCUACGCCGGAGAAAGCUAGUUCAAAUCCGGUUAAUCGGAUCCGUAAUAAGAACUUUGCUCUAUCGAUAUCUGAUAUCCGUCGAUCUGCUCUUCAGCUUCAGAAAUCUAAUCUGGCCGGAUCCGAUUCCCAAAAUGUGGUAUCAAAGAAGUCGUUUAAUAAUAUCGGUCAGAAAUCUAAGGGCUCUGAUAAGUCCUCCAAUGUGUUGCCUGAAAAGUAUGAAAUGUUAUGUGACUUCUUUGUCGCAAUGGUUAAUUCAAUUCGGCUGCUUCGAUUGAAAAGCGUGCCAGGAUCUUUCACUAAGCUUGCUCAUAAAAUUGAGUCUUUGACCGACAGGAGGUUUACCUUGCGGCAUUUGGCUCAACUGAAGUACAUAGUGCCGGAAGUAAUUGUAGCAAAGAAAAUUCUUGUUCAAGAUGAAAAAACAAAAUGUAUGGAGGAGGAGCUUCUUGUCUCUUUAGAUAUGGGUGCUGUAGAAAAUGAUGCAAAUGCGAAAGGUGGUGAUGGAUUUGCUAAAUUGAAAAAGAUGUUUCGUUCACGAGUCACCGACUAUUCCAAAACCCAUCUUGAGGUUGAUGAUAUUCCAGAGGGAGAACUGCCCCAUCUAUUCAAACAACCAAAGAAGGAAGUUGAGCCAAUUAUGAAUACGAUCCCUACACCAAUGGCAGCAUCACUUACUGCUCCUUCUUUUAAAAGGCGAUUCUCAUCUAGGUUGCUAAGAGAUCCAGUUGUUGAAUCUAUGCCAGCUAAACCAUCUUGCUUGUCAGAAAUUCCAAUCAAAGUACAUUGUGCUGAUGUUACUGAUGGGCCUUCCUGCAGUACAGUUGAAGCUGAUGCAACUCCUUUAAAUCCUGCUUCAACGCCUGUCAAACUUGCUUCAAUACCCACCAAACUUGUUUCAACACCUGCAGAACUUGCUUCAACUCCAGCAAGGCUGAUGGCAGCCACACCUGAACUGCGUACCCGAAAGCGCCCCCCAACGACGCCAGAUCAUGACUCUACCGAUUUCACCAAGUCAGUUAAGCGAAGUAAGUCCUUGAAGUUUGAUGACAGCAGUGUUGAUAGUGAGGAUCACUUUACCCAAAUGGAUGAGGAAGAAAGCAUUGCUCCAGCCCAUGACUCUACAAUUACCAAGGAUGACGUCCUGGAACUACUUCCAGAUGGCCUACUACAGUCGUUGAUCGAGAAAGAGCGUAAGAUGAUAGAAGAGAAGGACCCAGUUGUCGUAAAUGCAAAGAGAAGGCAACAAAUGAUGACUCGGGUACCUAGACUUUUUGACAUGAUCCGCCUCUUGUUCCAGUCGAUCAGGCGUACUGUUAUCACCAAAGAGGAACUUAUUUACAAGUUACUGGCAGGCAACUUUGAGAUUGUUGAUCGAACUGAGGUAGAGGAGCAGCUUCAAUUGCUACAAGAAGUUGCACCAGAAUUCUUAUCUGAAAAGCAAUCUAUCAGUGGGGAUACUCUUCUUAGUCUGAACAAAUGUUCAAGUUCCGAUUCAAUACGUGCCAAACUGCUCGAAGCAAAAUGAGAUGACAAUGGCUUUUGAAGUUUUGACAUCCUGACAAAGUAAAUUAGGAUUUUUUUGGGGGGUUUUAUAUGACUAGGAAAGCAAAUAGGUGAAUUAUUGAAGGCUUUCAAUCAUGUUGCAUUUUGUACAUGUUUAGUGUAGGUUCUGAUGGCCUGAGUUGUACAUAGAAGUUUCCAAUGUUAUGUCCCUCCAAUUUCAUUGCCUGAUCAUAUCUAUAUCAUUCAUGCCUCGUCCUCAUGGAUUGUUUAAUGCCUCACCUUAUUGAGUUGUACUUAAAUGGUUACAUUACAUUACUCAAAUAUGAGACUUUUAUUUUUCUUGUUUCUUCAUUUCACA